ACUGUGUUGUUUUGUGCAUGUGUCUUUAAGAGAGCAGGGAGGUGCUGAGGGGGCUGUGCUGCAGGGCAAAAUGAAAGUAAGCCUUCACUCAGGAAAUGAAACUGAACUCAGCAAGCUGAUGCGGAAGGUUUGAGAAUAUUUACAGGGGUUUCAGUCAGGAAAGACACUCACCGUUGGAGUGAAGGAAAUCUACGACACUGGUUCAUCUGGGCUGAUAUUUGUUUCAGGAGACCCGUUUACAUCAUGUCCUCGCUAACGUUUGAAGUUGACCCUGACACGGAGGGCCUUCUGUCCGUGAAGUGUGAGCUGAAAGGGCGGGGCUGCAAGGACAUCGUUCUCCUCUCCAACCUGGAUUUUGCAGAGAGCAUCUUCAGGCACCAUCCUCUCAGCAAUGUUAUCACUCUUCUGGUCAAAGGCGAAUGGCAGUGCGUCCGAAUCGGCAAUGCUGAGGACAUCAUCUACACCGUAACAUCAGAGAAUAAUCAGGGCCGCCUCGACGGCUGCAUCUACUGCGAGGAUGACGUCAGCGAGUCGGACAUCAAGAGCCUCCACUUCAGCAUGCAUUCCUGCCAAAACGAGAUCAAGUCCUGCUUCGCGCAAGCUAAAGAGGUCGCUAACGGCAAAAACGUAGAAGCGGUAAAAAUCGCAUGCAACAGGUUUUCGCUCACCUACACUAUUAGAGGCACACCAGAGAAGAUCGUGACGAUCAAAACAAAAUGCCAGUUUAAACUCGCUCCCAUGAAUGUCGAAGGACUGCUUGAAAGGAAAUGCUGGAUGGAGAAGGAGAAGGUGAGCUGUAAUAGGUUGAAGGCAGGGCUUGACCAUCUCAUUAAUAAGUAUCUCACCGUGCCUGAUGCUCCGAAGUCCAACUGCAAGUUUAUUUUACAGGGAGAUGGAGAAAUAGCCGAAAUUAUUUCACCUUCCGUCUCCAACAAGCCUCAGGAACAGUUCGUACUAAUGAGCAACAACUAUUCAACGAUCACCAUGUAUCCGCCAUCGUGGGGGAAAAGCUGAUGCUUUUGGACGCUAAUGACACAGGACGUUAUCAAUCAUGGGACGCUAUUGGACACAGGGCACUAUAAGAUGUGGGACGCUAUUGGACACAGGGGACUAGUAGACAUGGGACGUUAAUGGACACAGGGCACUAUCAGACAUGGGACGCUAUUGGACACAGGGCACUAUUAGACGUGGGACGCUAUUGGACACAGGGCACUAGAAGACAUGGGACGCUAUUGGACACGGGGCACUAUUAGACGUGGGACGCUAUUGGACACAGGGCACUAGUAGACAUGGGACGUUAUUGGACACAGGGCACUAUUAGACAUGGGACGCUAUUGGACACAGGGCACUAGAAGACAUGGGACGCUAUUGGACACAGGGCACUAGUAGACAUGGGACGUUAUUGGACACAGGGCACUAUUAGACAUGGGACGCUAUUGGACACAGGGCACUAGAAGACAUGGGACGCUAUUGGACACAGGGCACUAUUAGACAUGGGACGCUAUUGGACACAGGGAACUAUUAGACAUGGGACGCUAUUGGACACAGGGAACUAGUAGACAUGGGACGUUAUUGGACACAGGGCACUAGUAGACACUGGACGCUAUUGGACACAGGGCAUUAUUAGACAUGGGACGCUAUGGGACACAGGGCACUAGUAGACAUGGGACGUUAUUGGACACGGCACUAGUAGACACUGGACGCUAUUGGACACAGUGCACUAGUAGACACUGGACGCCAUUGGACACAGUGCACUAGUAGACACUGGACGCUAUUGGACACAGGGCACUAGUAGACACUGGACGCUAUUGGACACAGGGCACUAUUAGACAUGGGACGCUAUGGGACACAGGGCACUAGUAGACAUGGGACGUUAUUGGACACGGCACUAGUAGACACUGGACGCUAUUGGACACAGUGCACUAGUAGACACUGGACGCCAUUGGACACAGUGCACUAGUAGACACUGGACGCUAUUGGACACAGGGCACUAGUAGACACUGGACGCUAUUGGACACAGUGCACUAGUAGACACUGGACGCUAUUGGACACAGGGCACUAGUAGACACUGGACGCUAUUGGACACAGGGGACGCUAUUGGACACAGGGCACUAGUAGACACUGGACGCUAUUGGACACAGGGCACUAGUAGACACUGGACGCUAUUGGACACAGGAUACUGUUAGACAGAAGAUGCCACUGGGCACAGGAUGCUGUUGGACAUGACAUUGGACAGAGGACUCUCUAUGUAACAGUGAAUUCUAUUGGAGACUUUACCCCAGGUUCUGUUCAUCCUCCAGUCAGGAUUGAUGCAGGAUGUAGUUGCUGAGCAGUGAUUGGCUGAGGUCGUGUCAUUCAGAGCAGAGGGAACGCAGUAGUGUAGGGUGAAACUGUUUAAGGACACAGACUCUGCAUAUUUUCCAUCAUUCUUAUCUUAAUCAUAUUGAUACCCAAGACUGAUCAUAUAGCUGUUUUUCAGAGGAGACCCUUAUGUACUGUAGGAAGUCAUUUUCACAAAAUAAAACGUGCUCGUUAAUCAAA